GUUGUUUUGAUGGACAAAGUCAUUCCACUAACCUCACCUUGCUGCCAUAGCUCUCUUUGCCUCCCUGGAAUUCUUUCACCCCGCCAAAAUGGGAGAGAAAAUCAACGAAGAGCAAGUUUCAAACUUGCUGGCAAUACUCCGAACUGAUGCGUCCAUUGAUGCGAAGGUUAAUCAAAUCAAUAAUGUCAAAUCCGGUAUCAAACAGAACAAUGUGCCGGAACCCUGUGUGCUCCCUCUCUUUGAGGCUACGCGCCAGUCGAUGACAUCGCAGCACGCUGCAAUUGUCAAUGCCGGCUUCUCUACUCUAAACCAUCUACUCACGAGAUUGUCCCGACAAGAGCCAAAAUAUGUUGUCAAAGAGGCUGGUCGGACCCUCCCGCUGGUUAUUGAGAAGAUGGGGGACCAAAAGGAGAAAUAUAGACAGCUUGCAGCGCAAUGCCUGACGACUUUCUGGAAAGUGGCACCUAUGGACGUGGAGCGAAUAGUAAAGAAUGCUGGUAUGGUUGGUAAGAACCCACGGAUGAAGGAAGCGUCUAUGAACUGGCUCGUUCAGAUGCACCAAGAGAAUGGCAUGCCUUUCAAGAGCUUUGUGUCGACAUUGAUGGACCUUCUCGAGGAUGCCGAUGGCAUGGUCAGGGACACUGCGAGGAAUUCGGUCAUUGCUCUCUUCCAGAACGCUCCAAAUGCUGCAAAGUCCGACUUGAAGAAACAACUAAAGAAUUUCAAUGUACGACCGACAAUAGUAGCGGCUAUCACAGCUACUCUUGGACCCGGAAAUGCUCCUGAGCCAGCAGAGCCAAUAGUUGCCGAGAUACCUUCACGCCCAACCUUGGCCAACAGUGUCUCCUCGAUGUCGAGCGUCCGGCCAUCGACUCCUGUUAUAGAAGCUAAAGCUGAACAAGUCGAACCAUCUUAUGUGAACACACAGAGAGAGCUUGACGACACAUUCCGAGAUAUGUAUCCGUUUUUUGAAGGAAAGGAAUCGGAGCAAAAUUGGUUGAAACGAGAACAAAGCUGCACCAAAUUACGAAGACUCAAUGCUGGAAAUGCACCCAGCGAUUUCCACGAUGCCUUCCUUGUCGGAAUCAAAGGUCUCUUGGAUGGAAUUUUGAAGGCUGUAAACUCACUGAGAACCAGUCUUUCAAAAGAGGGUUGCAGCGUCGUUCAAGAAAUUGCACGAACUGCUGGACCAGGGCUAGAUCCUAUGGUCGAAAUUCUUCUCCAGAACCUAAUCAAAUUGUGCGGUGGUACAAAAAAGAUCAGCUCCCAGCAAGGUAAUGUAACGGUCGAUAUCAUCAUCAGCAAGGUUUCGUACAAUAUUCGAAUCAUGCAACAUAUCUUUGCAGCAUGCCAAGACAAGAACGUUCAGCCAAGAACCUAUGCAACCGGAUGGCUGAAGACUUUGUUGAAGAAGGAAGCCCACCAUAAGAGUCAUAUUGAACAUACGGGAGGGCUCGACUUGAUCGAAAAGUGUAUCAAAAAGGGUCUGGCAGAUGCAAAUCCAGGCGUUCGAGAAAAUAUGAGAUCGACUUUCUGGGCUUUCGCGCAGAUUUGGCCUGCCAAGGCGGACGCUAUUAUGGCAACUCUGGAUGCAACCCAGGCAAGACUUCUGGAAAACGCCCCAGACAAUCCAAAUUCACCCAAAAAGGCAGAGACUGUUGCUGCUCGACCCGGAUUAGGAUUCUCCAAGAGCACGACUGGACCACCCAAGCCUUCCUUAAGGGAGACGAUGUUGGCUCAAAAGAAGGCUGUUUUGGCCAACAAGAAUAUUCCUGCUCGCCCGGGCUCAGCCAUGUCCAGUUUCUCUCCUAUGCGUACGGUCUCGACGUCGUCCAAUGCAUCCGCAUCGUCCACAGCUUUAGAAAUAGGACCAGUGAGACCCCGACCCGAGUCGACAACUGUUGCCCAUGGUGGUCUUUCUGUCGCUCCAAUGCGGCCUACCAAAUUCCGUCCUGCCCCUCGACCGGAACUUACCGCAAGACCCGCAACAGCAGGCCCUUACUCAGUAAGACGUCCAGGUCACGGUCCUACUAACAGUGAUGGCACUAGCCCAUCGACAAGCAGAAUGGUAAAGGCAAGAACACCUAGUGCUAGCAGUACAAGCCCACCAAAGCGACCGACUACGCGACCAAACACGAGUCACUCCAGUCAUACUAGCCAAUCCAGCCAUGCAAGUCCUGUGAGGAGUACCGUCAGCAGAGUAGCAGCAUCCCCUCGCGCCAGCCCAGCAAAACCUAAGUCUUCUCACACCGCUUUCACAUCGUCGAGUCCAUCAAAAGCCGAUGAGGAUUUCACCAUGGUUGUUCCGACGUUGACGGGACUGAAGGGACCGCAUCCUCAGAGUGUGCCACUGACAAUUGAGUCUUCUGAUGAAGAUGAGAUUGUCACACCUUUGAAGUCAAUGAAGGUUUACGAAGAUCCAUUCUCAAGCGCGGAUGACCAGACCACCCCAAGACCAGCGAUCACAGCUCCGGUACUGGAAGAAGUCGCUGUUAAUGAAGAUGCCUCGAAUUUGGUGCGAAAUGGAAUGAGCAGUAUGAAUGGCGCGGAGACAGCGAAGACAGCCCCAAUUUCGCCGGAGCGUAUGAAACAAAAUUCUCGGCUGCUCGACAGCGGCAUCACGAAGAUAAAGGCAAAGUCGUUAGAUGUCCAUGGUUUCCGUAAACUCCAAGGAAUGAUUAAGGACAAUAGAGCAGCUUGGUCUGACGACAGAUUCGAUGUUUUACUUCUAGGACUUUUCGAAUAUCUCGAAGCACCAUUAACUUCGCUCUCACCAGAGAAAAUCCAGGACGUCAAGGCUCAGAUCUUGGCAACGAUUAUGCUUAUGCACAAGAAAGAUCACGAUGCAUUCCGGCCUCAUGUCCCCAAAGGGCUAGAAUCCCUCCUUACAACCCGAAGCUGCUAUGAUGCACGCGCACACAUCGUUAGUGGACUCGAAUUACUCGCUGCUGAGCUCGUCACCCUUGCAGACCCCAAGCAAACAACCAACAAGAUCACCUCACAACUUCAGAACGAGCAAAUGACACUCGAAGGCUGCCGAACCCUCUCCAUGGGUCUCCAUGUCCUGAAGAAGCUCCUCGAUGCGAAGAAUGAGUUCGUUCCGAGUGAAGAGGAAGUCCAGGAGAUGUGCAAGCUUGCUGCGAGAUGUUUAGAGAGUUCUGAGAGCGGCGUUCGGAUGGAUGCCGUGCAGCUUUGUGUUAGUGUUCAUUCGAGGGUUGGGGAAGCGAGAUUCUGGAAAGAAUUGGGAGGCGUGAAAGAUGACCCGAAGAGCCUGAUUACUUAUUACAUCGUCAAGAAGCAGAGAGAGCUAGCGGCUAGUGGAUGAGCGGUAGGUGAUAUGCGUGACGAACGGACAGACUCGGCACUUUUGGCGAGGUUUGAUUACGGUCUUGGAGAGGGGCGAGCAUACAAACAAGAGAGGUGCGUGUUGAGAAGAUGGUGUACGAAUACGCUUUGUAAUUCAUUUUUCUAAUUUCCUUUCGCGCUCCGGGCUGUUAAGUUGCGAGGGAAGUUUUGGUGUUGGGGCGUUGACCCUUGGGGCGUGGAGAGAGCGGCCGGCGUUGGCUGUCUAGACUUAUGAAUAGUAAUGCAAUGCAAUAAGUGAUCUACUUCG